UUCACUCUGUCGGCGUGUGUUUGAGGGGACGGGUGGCUGGUGUAAGGAGUCGCCGGGCGCUAGUGCAUUCCGAGCGCUUUUUGGGAAAUAGUCAUCGCUGAAAAUUAUACCACGGACUAAAGAGACGACCCCCCCGGUGACGAAUUCUGAGCAAUUAUUCAACGCAGCGACAGCGCCACACUCACAGCCAACAAAACGCAGCCAGUGCUAUCAAACACUAGCCUGCUAGCAUCCCUGAAAACUGACGGGGAUCAAGGUGUUGAUAGCUAGCCUCCCAGCUAAUUAUCCAUUAGCUAGCAUCCUCCUGCUGAAGCAUCAUUAGCUUGGUUCUCCUCCGCGCGCACGUCCAGACUUCACCAACGGCUCCCGGCGGAACCUUUUACGUCGCGAGCUUUAAAUCCAACAUUCAGACAAGAAAAGAAGAAGAAGGGGGGGAAACAUAGACAGCGGCUUUCUCCCUCUUAACUGGCUGCCUGAGACGGCGUCUGCGUUGUUUUAGUUGACACCAUCACACCCAUCUCCCCAACCCCUUCACCUCUUGCCCCUUCCCUACCUAUCCGAAACACUGGAAAUCCACAAGCGACCGGAUAGCGGCGACGGGCCGGCGAAGCUGGGGGUGGUAACGUUACUGGACUCGCAGGGAGUCAUAACGGCUUCAGAAAAGCACAGCCGUGGGGAUCUACCGACGAGUAUGGACGGGCUGGCCGUGGAAGUUCGCGGCUCGAAUGGGGCCUUCUACAAGGGUUUUAUCAAAGAUGUCCAUGAAGACUCGCUCACAAUCGCAUUUGAGAACAACUGGCAGCCAGAGAGACAGCUUCCCUUCAGCGACGUGCGGUUGCCUCCUCCAGCCGACUACCACAAGGAUAUUGGUGAAGGCGAGGAGGUGGAGGUUUACUCCAGAGCCAACGAGCAGGAGCCAUGUGGGUGGUGGCUGGCGCGAGUCAGAAUGAUGAAGGGAGAGUUCUACGUAAUCGAAUAUGCGGCGUGUGACGCCACGUACAACGAGAUCGUCACAUCGGAGCGCAUCAGACCUCUCAACCCUAACAGCCCUUCCUCUAGAAACACUUUCCACAAGGUCCCCAUCCCGGUCCCAGAAGAUCUGAGGGAGAUCUGUGCAAACGACAGCAUUCACAAAGACUUCAGGAAAGCUAUCGGAGCCAACUGCAUCUUCUACAGCGCCCAAACACACGAACUCAUCGUGCUGUCUACAAAUGACACGACGGUAAAACGUGCCGCUCUUCUCAGCGACAUGCAUUUCCGCAGCAUCCGUACCAAGCUCAUUCUAAUGUCACGCAACGAGGAAGCCACCAAACAUUUGGAGACAAGUAAGCAGUUAGCUUCAGCAUACCAGGAAGAGGUCCGAGUCAGAGAGGACCUGAUGGGCCUCGCCAUCGGCUCUCACGGUGCCAACAUCCAGCAAGCGAGGAAGGUACCCGGUGUCACAGCCAUCGAGCUGGAGGAGGAAAGCUGCACGUUCAGGAUCUACGGCGAGACCCCAGAGGCAGUGAAACAGGCUAGAGAGUAUCUUGAGUUUAAAGAAGACUACUUUCAGGUACCCAGGAACCUCGUAGGCAAAGUUAUCGGCAAGAACGGCAAAGUCAUCCAGGAAAUCGUGGACAAGUCGGGCGUGGUCCGUGUCCGGAUCGAAGGAGACAACGAUAAAAAGCUUCCCCGGGAGGAGGUAGGCAGGCAGGGGGCUGGCAGAGACGACACUGCCAGCAGUAAAGAGGGCAUGGUUCCCUUCGUGUUCGUGGGAACUAAAGAGAACAUCAGCAAUGCUCAGGCUCUGUUGGAGUACCACGUCUCUUAUCUUCAGGAGGUGGAGCAGCUGCGCAUGGAGCGUCUCCAGAUUGAUGAGCAGCUCCGCCAGAUCGGGGUCGGGUACCGUGCUCCUCCCAGCCGAACUGGGGGCCCUGGCGGUGACCGGGAGAAAGGCUACACGACGGAUGAGAGCAGCAACUCCCUCCAUGCUUCACGUACUUACGGGGGACGCGGCCGAGGACGCCGGGCCUCCAACAGCCAGUACUCUGGAUACGGUACAAAUUCUGAACUGUCCAACGCCUCCGAGUCAGAGGAUGUUACUGAGCGAGACCAGAGGCCCAGAGGCAUGGGCGGGGACGAGAGAGGCUCCAGACGAGGUGGCAGGGGCCGAGGCUCCAGCUCGGGACGGGGCCGUGGAGGGUCUGGAUCUAAGCCUUCCAACUCCAUCAGCUCAGUGCUGCGGGACCCCGACAGCAACCCGUACUCUCUGCUGGAGGGAGAGGGCGAGCUGGCUGACACAGACAUGAGCGAGGGCAUGGGAGACCGGCGCAGACGAUCACGGCGUCGCCGCAACGACCAGGAGCCUAGCGUGAUGGAUGCCGCUGGCGAGUCAGACAGCCAGGCGGGUCCCAACGAGAACGGGCUGGAUGAAGAAGCCCGACCUCAGCGGCGCAACCGAAGUCGCCGCCGUCGUAACCGUGGCAACCGCCCAGAGGGAGGUUCGGCCAGCCGUGACAGGCAGCCGGGGGAAAAUGUGACUGUUGCCGACUACAUAUCCCGUCCCGAGUCCCAGAGCAGACAGAACGUGCCCCAGAAGGAAAACCACGCUGGACCUGAGCCCAAGGAAAAUGGCACCAGUGCCAAGAAGGACGAGCGAACGCCCUCCAAGCGUUCCCCCAGCAAAAGCAUGACCUCGGCCGGCGAGACCCUAACUCUGGUCAACGGGGUCUCAUAAACAGACGGCCCCCUCGCUCCUCGCGAACCCAAGUCUAGAUGAAGACUCCAUGGCAAACUGUGUCCCUGCUUGCAUUAACUUAAAACCUUAAACAGAUGAGUGAAAAGUACCUGACAAAAUACCUGAGUUCAUACGAGAGUGAAAACGUGCAAAAAAACGACAAACGCAUCUACUUAAAAACACACGUUAACUGUGUAUGCUAUCCUAUCUAUCAGUACUUAGUGCUUAUUUAAAAAAAACAUCAACUAGCUUGCCAAAAAGAGCUGGUGGAUAUGACUUGAUUUCUAUAAAUACUGAAACACGAGAAACAGGACAAGACUUUUUCUUUUUUUCUUUUUCUAUUUCUUUUUUUUUUUUUUUCCUGGAAAACGGUUAUCUUUGUGUCCUCCUUUAUGUUAAUGUUAAUUUUGUUCGUUGUUUAUCACUGGUUUGGACCCGGCGGUUGCUCUCUCAACCAAAACAGACGUGUCUCGGUGUUAAAACAAUGUUGAGGACUGCGAGGAACGUUGUAAGCGUACGAGCGAGACGGUCCAAAAAUAAGCUUCACACACUGAACCUGGGAGUAAAGAUGGACAGAUUGCGGAUAUCGACAGACAUUGUGCCUUGAAUUUGAAAAAGAAAAAGAAAAAAAAAGAGAAAAAUAAUAACAAAUGAAGAAAAAAAAAAAAAACAAAGAUAAUAAACUUGAGUUUUUCCAUUAAGUUUGGUUUUUGUUUCCUGAGAGGAAGGUUAUAUUCUUAUUUGAAGGAGGGACAGACCUGCGAUGAGUGAAAAAGAGGAUCCAGAAGUGGGAGGAAUGGCUGACCAACGUGAGGGGGGGGACAGAAAACAGGUGCCAAACACAAAAUUCAAGGCGCUGGUACUCAUUCCAGGAAUGACGUGUCAGCAACCACAAAACUAAACUUAUGGGGGGGGUUGAAGCAACAAAAACAGUAACUUCCCUGAGACAUGUCGCUUCUUCCGCCGUUGCCUGUUGUUUAGGCCUUUUUUUUUUGGAGGGUCCAGGGCUGCACCUGCACAGCCUUGUAAACUGGACUGGCUGAGAUCAGAAAGACGGCAAACUUGAACCAUAUUAGAUGAGAGAAGAACUGAACCGCGGCUCUUUUCUCUGUGUCGGAGGCGGCGGGCGGCGCUAAGCUUCAGCCACACUAGUGUCUUGAUGAAACCACAGCGGCGCGCAGCUCCAGAUGCACCAUGUGAGACCGGAGGGGAGGGGUUAGGACAUCUUCAAAUAAAACACAGGACACAGGUACGCAUACGUAUACAAAGCGUCGACGUGGCGCAAGCGUAGAGGACCGAAAAAACCUUAAGACAAAGCGAGGUGUCUGUCUUGAACCUGGCAGUUUGGGUUGGAAAAUGGAGUAAGAGACGGACUGGAAAACCUCAGUGGCUCUCUGCUCAUGUUGUUACUGUUGUCCUGGUUACCACUCUAAAAAUUAAAUUUUAAUUUCCUCUUUUUGUUGCAAUUUCCACAUCUUAGGAAAAUAUGAAAUAAAACAUUGAAGUGAAAGCAACCUCUUCUGUGGAGACGAACUUUGAUUUCUCUGUCUUGUGAGUUUGCAGUCUAUUUUUCUAACUUGCAUGGUGUUUAGUUACUGAGUGUAUAGGUGGUGCCUGUCCUGUGCAUGAGGAUAAAAGGGUGUUUAUUAAUCUGACUUACAAAGCCAUCGUUUCAUUCACUAGAAUUGCUGCUAAUGUACACACUGAAUGUCCAAACUAACGUAGAAACUCUGCCUUGGGGAGAGAACAACUUUACUGACUCGACAUUAUUUCUUCCCUCUUUGCUCAUCUGCCCUGAACAUCCCCCCCCCCCCCCAAGUCAGAGAAAGGGGAGUGGUUCCUUUUCGGAGUCUCAAAAAGUAUUAAAUCCAGGGGCAACGUUGUGCAUGACCAAACGAUUUGAGAGACAGAUGAAUGGGGGAGUACGGUUGACUCGCGAUGACCCAGAUGCUGCUGUUGUACAUUUCUGCUCACCUGUAUGUUGUGUUUUAGAGGAACGAACGAGCACUUGAGUAUUUGUACUUUUGGUUCAAGUUGCAUGUGUGCGAGUGAAGACCAAGCCCCUAUCUGGUAUGUUUGUGUUUGCCUUUAUACCUCAUUGUGUGAGUACUGUAUUCCCUCAUGUAUCUGUAACCCCUCGCGUCGUUUUUGAAAGGCUGCUCUGUGUGUGUGUGUGUGUGUGUGUGUGAAUGGUGGUUGUACAGUUGACGACAUGUCAGAUUUUUGUCUCUGGUUUUCUCACUCAUGUUCUGAUGGCAAUAAAGGACUUUUCAUUGUUUGGUA